AAAGCCAAACCUGACUUUAUACAUUUACACAUUCGUUUCUCUUACAAUUAGCAGCGAUUAAUAUUGAAAUGAGUAAAUAUUUUCCAUUAUUUUUUCUAAUGGUUGUCGCAUAUUCUUAUGCGAAUAUACCUAAGUGUAAUCGUCAAACAUCAUCUAUACCAAAUUUUGACCGAUCUAAAAUUCUCGGAACAUGGUAUGUCAUAGAAGCGGGAGAAGAAUAUAGAAAGAAUAAAAAGAGAUGCUUACAGGGUAUUCUCAGCUUUGAAAAUGUACUUGAGACUGGUUAUAUAAAUGGCAAACUGGACGAACUUGACAUUAAAAUACAACAACUGGAAUCAAAAUCGAAAUACAUUACAGAAUCACGUGAAUUUUCGCGAACCAUUGUCUCCGUACUUGAUACAGAUUAUACAUCUUACGCAAUUUGGUUCUUCUGCAGAAAUAAUCAUCCACAAGGAGGGGUCUUCUUGAUUACGUCAAGAACUCGUCAACCAGGUGCUGGUUUCAUAGAAAAAGCGCACGAAUCUUUAGCAAACGCUGGAUUUAAAGUCGACAAGCUAAACUUAUACUCUGUUGACCAAUCUAAUUGUUAAAUUUAAAAUCAAAUUCAAUGAUUAAUAUUACAAUGAUUAAAUCUUACAUCUUAAAACUGUUUUUAUUUUCCGAUAUAAUAGAAAUAACUGAGGAGAAACUACAAAGUAGUUCCAACAUGCUUAUAGAUUUGUCAAUUUUUACUUUAUUUAUAUCACUUCUGCAAUUAUGUUCUGCACAUUUUUGGUGAAAUGGGAAUUGCAAUUCCUUUGGAUUAAAUUAUUAAAUACAUGUAUGAAAUAACUACGAAAGUAAAAUGUGAAUUGUAACCAUCAAUAUUUUCAUUAUUGUUAACAAUUGUACUAACAUUGUAAAAUAGGUUUUGUUAAAUCAUAAGAAAUUGAAAUGAGAAAUUAAAUUAUUACAGAAUUAUUUGAAUGAAUUUAAAUAUGGACUCACGUUCCUACACUUUAAAAGAAAUCACAUUAUUUUUAUAAUGUUAUAACCUUGACAGUGUACGAUAUGAUAUCAUUUUAUAUAAAUUAUUUCGUAAAAAUAACUUAUUAUCAUAUUAAUUAAAUAAGUCACUUAUUUAUCUAUGGAUAUUGUAAGCAAUCAUAAAUAGCAACAAAUUUAGAAUUAACUUUUAAACAAUAAAAUAACCAAUUUUAGUUUUAAUUUUGAUAAAAUAGGUAUUAUAAUAUUGGACGUAAACUAUUUUUUCGCCAUGUAUUCAUACCAGCUUGUUUCUUUAAUUUAGUCAUCUUUUUAAAUUUCAAAAUAUAUUUAUCUUGUUUUGUUUAGGUUGUGUACCAAUUUGGUAUAAUUAGAACAAGUAUUUAAAUAAAAAUCUCAAUCAUAA